UUUUCCAUUUAGUCUUAGUGAGAAUAAAUUGAAUAUAUAUAUAUAUAUAUAUAUAUAUAUAUAUAUAUAUAUAUAACAUUGACAUCAUUUCUCUUAAUAUCAAUUUAUAUAGCAAGAUUGAGAUCUUAUAGCAGACACCAAACUGGAUGUGAUGAGAGAGAUGAGAGAUGGACGGCUACUGAGCCCAUUUACCCGCCGUUUCCAUGCUGACUCUUUUUUCCCAGCAAAAGUCAACUCCCUCGCUUCAAUCCUACAGCAUUUUAUUGAAUCGAGUUGCCCCUUCAAAGGCCAAGCUCUUCACGCUCAGAUCAUCAAGUUUGAUCUCCAAGCUAACACCAACAUAUCAAUCAAGCUCCUCAUCCUGUACCUCAAGUGCGGUUCGCUGGUUCAUGCCCGCAAUGUGUUUGAUCGGAUGCCAAGGCGAACUCUAUCUGCUUAUAACUACAUGAUUGCUGGGUACUUCAGGGAAGGCCGUUCUGAGGAGACGUUAGAUCUUGUACGGAAGCUCUCGUUCUCGAGUGAAAAGCCAGAUGGGUUCACCUUAUCGAUGGCCCUGAAACUGUUGGCGGGCUUGGCUUCGUGCAGAUUUCCAAGACAGGUCCACACUCAGAUUGUCAGAUUAGGAAUCGAUUCUGAUGAAGUUGUGUUUGCUGCUCUCAUUGACUCGUAUGUGAAGAAUGGGAAUCUUGGGUAUGCUAGGAGUGUCUAUGAUGCAAUGUCGGUGAGGAAUCUAGUGUGUUCUACUGCGCUGAUAGUUGGGUAUAUGAAUCAGAGGGCCUUCGGUAAAGCCGAAGAGAUAUUUCAGAAUAUAACAGAGAAGGAUGUGGUUGUGUUCAAUGCUAUGAUCGAAGGGUAUAGCAAAGAGUUAGAGGCAGCGACAAGUUCAAUUGAGGUCUACAAGCUGAUGCAACGGCUGAAUUAUCGGCCAACAAUCUCCACCUUUGUAAGUGUCAUCGGAGCUUGCUCUCUCUUGUCAGCUCUGGAUGUUGGACAACAGAUACAUGGCCAAAUGAUCAAGAUGGAAAUCUUUUCUCAUGUAAAAUGUGGGAGUGCACUCUUAGAUAUGUAUUCAAAAUGUGGAGAAGUCGAGGAUGCUCGGAAGAUGUUUGACCACAUGCCAGAUAGGAAUGUCUUUACCUGGACAUCAAUAAUUGAUGGGUAUGGAAAGAAUGGAAUCCCAAAUGAGGCUCUUAAUCUUUUCUAUGAAAUGAAAAGCGAAAAUGUUGGGCCCAAUUAUGCCACGUUCUUAAGUGUUUUAUCAGCUUGCGGGCAUGCUGGAUUGGUGUCAAGUGGUCAAAAGAUUUUUGAGAGCAUGGAAAGGGACUAUAAACUUAAACCAAGGAUGGAACACUAUGCCUGCAUGGUAGAUCUACUGGGCCGCCAUGGAAAUUUAAGUGACGCAUAUAACUUCAUCCAGCAGAUUCCUGAGAAGCCAAAUUCUGAUGUGUGGACAGCUUUGCUAGGAGCAUCCAGACUUCAUGGAGAUUUGGAGAUGGCAGAUGCUGCAGCAAAAGAGGUUUUUAAGCUGAGUCAAAAUGGAAGGCCAGGGGCUUAUAUUGCUUUGUCCAACACUUUUGCAGCUGCUGAGAAAUGGCAAGGUGUCAGUGAAGUAAGGGAUUUGAUGAAAGCAAGGGGUGUCUCCAAAGGCAUUGGUCAAAGUUGGAUGGAGAUGGACAAAGGUCUUUGAAACUUUCUUUUUUUGCAAUACCGAAAUUGAUGCUGAUGGAGAAGACCAAUCUUUUUGACUGGAAAUCAAAUUCUUCUGAAGUCCUGGAUGACAACUUUGGCUUGAGUUUGUAACCUAUUUGGAUACUGAUUAUAUAUUUUGCCUGAGGGCAAGUCUCAAUGAGUCCAUAUCCGUACAAAUUUAGCACCACGGCAUUUCAUAGUAGCAGUGAAAUCCACACUGUGGUGUUACCGGGAGUAUCGAAAUUUUAUCUAUAGUGGAAAUUGGUGACACAAAUGAAAUCAUGCUACAUACUACCUGUUUGUUCUCAGACAAGCUCUGUUUGAAUCAACUCAUUUUGCUAUUA